GCCAAGUCCGGCCGUGUGUGGGCGAGGUAGCGAAGGCUCCCCACAAGGCGUCGGUACUGCGUAGCAUCCACUUCCUCCGCCUUGCUGUCACGGCUCAGUUUCAGCCUCUCCUCCAUCGGAGUGAGAGCUGGGUGACAGUCGGUGAGCCCAGCUAGCUCAACGAUGCGCUUGGCGUAGGCGGACUGUCGAAGCGCGAUCCCGGAGUGAUCCUGGUGCACCUCAAUCCCAAGAUAGAAGGAGAGGAGCCCCAGAUCACUCAUCUGGAAGGUGGCCUUCAUGUCUUCCUUGAACGUUGCCACCUCUGCAUCUUUGGUGCCGGUAAUCACCAAGUCGUCAACAUAGACGCCCACCAGCAGGGCGUUUCCUCCACUGCCCCGUCGGUAGACGGCCGCCUCAUGCGGGCUUUGCUCGAAUCCCAUCUUCUUUAGCGUGGAGUCCAGCUUGGCGUUCCACGCCCUAGGUGCCUGCCGUAGGCCAUAGAGAGCCUUGCGCAGGCGGAGUACCUUGCCCUCCUGGCCAGGGAUCGCAAAUCCCGGUGGCUGAUGCACGUAGACUUCCUCCUUCAAGUCGCCGUUGAGGAAUGCCGACUUGACAUCCAUAUGAUGGACAUGCCAGCCCUCCUGGGCAGCCAGCGCGAGGAGAAGUCGCACGGACUCCAUCCGUGCCACGGGAGCGAAGGCGUCGUCGAAGUCGACUCCUUCCUGCUGCAAGAAGCCUCGGGCCACCAAGCGAGCCUUGUGCUUGAUGAUGGCGCCGACUCCAUCCCUCUUCAGCUUGAACACCCACUUAAGGGUGAUUGCGCGGUGACCACGAGGGAGGUCAACAAGCUCCCAGGUGUGGUUUUGCUCGACCGCAUCCAUCUCCAACUGCAUCGCGGCGCGCCAUGCCGCGUCUCUCUCGGCCUCUGCAAAAGACUGUGGUUCGCCGUCUUCACACGCGAGUUGUAGCUGCGCCUCCAGGUCACGUGGCACCAGUCCCGGCACCGGCUGGUCGCCGAGUAGAUCUUCCAUCGUACGAUACCGCAGCGGUUCGCCGCCAUCAUACGCGUCGAUCCGCUCCUCGUCGUGAGUGAGCGGAGAAGCGAACUUCGUCGGGUUGUGCUCUGCGUGAGCUGGUGCUGAUGAAGAUGAGCCCGGGGUGGUGACUGCCGGGGCUGGAGUGUGCGGCCUCGCCGGUUGUGGUGCCGUCGGCGUAGCAGGCACCGGAGUCGAUGUGGUUUUGGGGGGCGGGGUAGGCGUGCCCGGCGAAGAGGAGCUCGUCAUACGUCGGCGUCGAGCCGUCGUCCACCGCCUUGUCCCAUUGCCACCCUCGCCCUUCGUUGAACACGACGUCUCGCGCCAUGCGCACAUGCUGUGUCUUUGGGUCGAGGAUGCGGUAGGCCUUUGAGCCCUCCGCGUAGCCGAUGAAGACUCCCGGAGUGCUCCUGUCGUCGAGCUUGCCGAUGUGGCCGAGCUCCUUGGCGAACGCAAGGCAGCCAAAGACCCGCAAGUGGGAGACCGCCUGCUUCCGCCCAUGCCAGGCCUCGUACGGUGUCCUGCCGUCGAGUGCCUUGGUAGGCGAGCGGUUGAGGAUGUAGACGGCUGUUAGCACCGCCUCUCCCCAGAAGACAGCCGGCAUCCCUCUCUGCUUGAGGAGAGCCCGAGCCAUCCCCACAACCGUCUGGUUGCGCCGCUCGACGACGCCGUUUUGCUGCGGGCUGUACGGCGCGGAGUAGUGGCGCUGGAUGCCCUCAUCAGCGCAGUACGACGCGAAUUCAGCCGCCGUGAAUUCGCCGCCGUUGUCAGUGCGCAACACGCGCAAUUUGCGGCCGCUCUCCGCCUCCACACCAACCUGCGCGCGCCUGAUGGCGUCUGCCGCCUCUCCCUUACUGCCGAGGAUCAUCACCCACAUGUAACGGGAGAGAUCGUCGACGAGCAGUAGGAAGUAGCGUCGACCUCCUGGUGUGGCUGGCGUCACCGGGCCGCACAGGUCUCCGUGCACGAGCUCCCUCACCGGGCCGCAAAGGUCUCCGUGCACGAGCUCCAGCCUCUCCUUGGCCCGAAAACUCGCCUGUUGGGGAAAGGGGAGUCGUCUCUGCUUCGUCAUCACGCAGAUGUCGCAGAACUGCUCCACAUGGUCGAGGCAUGGCAGGCCUCGCACCAUCUCCUUGGCACUUAGACGCUUCAGGGCCUCAAAAUGAAGGUGCCCAAAGCGCUCAUGCCAUUGCCACGCCUCGUCGUCCCGACGGACAGCGAGACAGACCGGUUGUGCCACCUGCACAUCAAGGACGUAAAGUCGAUUUCCACCUCUGGGUACCUUGGCGAGAAGGCGACCCUGGCGAUCCCAGAUACGUAGGACCCCAUGCUCAAUCAGCACGCGUGAGCCGUUCUCAUCCAGCUGUCCCAAGCUGAUGAUGGAGUUCCUUAGCGUGGGGAUGUAGUAGACACCGGUGAGCAGCCGGUGCUCUCCCGUCUUGGUGGUGAAGAUGACGGAGCCGACGCCCUUAAUUUCCACAGCGAAGGCAUCCCCAAACUUGACGGAGCCUCGCGCGUCGGAGUCGAGCUCGGCGAAGAACUCCCUUCGACCGGUCAUGUGGUGGGUGGCGCCAGUAUCGAGGCACCACCCCUCAGUCUUGUCCUUCCCGGAGCCAUCGCCGAGAAGAGCAUGUGCUUUUGGCUCGUCGAGGUGGAGGGGAGCCUUUGCGACUGGUGUCGCUGAAGAUAGCUCCAUGCUUGCGUGCGCCAUGAACAAAGCCGUCUCCUCCUCCUUCGCCUGUGCGACGUGAGCCUGGCCUUGUCGUGGUUGUCGACACUCAUUGGCCCAAUGGCCAAGCCGGCCACAGUUGUGACAACUGUUAUCCUCUGCCGGCUUGGGCUUGCCAGCGGCGCCGUCCUUGGCGCCUCCGCCGGCGUCACCUUCGGCACGUCCUUGUGCCUUGCCCGGGGGGCCUCUUCGCGCCUUGCGCUGCUUGCCACGCUUGCGGCCGCCCGUCGUGGAAGAAGGCUCCCCCUUCUUCCUGUCACCAAGGCUGGGAUCCCACUGCUCCCGAGUUAGGAGCAGCUUCCCACCGGUGGUGAUGGGCCCCAAGGGAGGCUGUGGCUCGUCGGUGUUGACGACCUUGAGACGGCCUAUCGCCUCCUCGAUCGUCAUCGUGGAGAGGUCCAGCAACGACUCGAUCGAGCGAGCCAUCUGCUUGUACUUCUCGGGAAUGCACCGAAAAAGCUUCUCGACAGCUCUCUCCUCGGUGUAGGUGGCAUCGCCAAACUUCACCAUCUUCUGCAGCAGAGUGUUGAGACGGAGAGCAAAGUCAUCAACGUCCUCACCUGGCUUGAAGCCCAGGUUCUCCCACUCCUUACGAAGUGCCUGCAGGGUGGACUUGCGAGCACGGUCGCUGCCGAUGCGUGCUGCGGCGAUGGCGUCCCAAGCCUCCUUGGAAGUCCGCUUGUUGGAAAGCGAGAACUGCAUCUCGGGCGGGACUGCGGCGAUGAGGGCGUCCAGCGCCCGUCGAUCCUCUAGGUGGUCGAUGUUGCUGUCCUGGACUGCCUCCCACAUGCGCCGCACCUGGAGCCUGACCUUCAUGAUCCCGGCCCACUCGACGUAGUUGGUUUUAGUGAGGGUAGGCCACCCAACACUGGGACCAACAUCCCUGACCACAGUCCGGACCUCGUAGAGGCCGCGGUCCUGGUCAUUGCAGCCGCCGUCGCGGUGCGCGCCUCCACCUGGAGCGCGGGCGUGCUCGGCUGCCCACUGCGUCGUCCGCUCCUGCGCCACUUUGGCGCGAUCUGCGUCGGCGCCGUCGUCCGCAGGCGCGGAGCUGCUGGAGUUGCCGGGGCCGCCGCGGAGUGCCUUGGCAUCCGCCGUAGCCUCACGGGCUGCUUCUACCUCCGCCCUGGCUGCUUCUACCUCCGCUCUGGCUGCUGCCAGCUCCGCUGCAGCCAGCCUCGACACCCUUGCCGCCGCAGCAGCUGCUGCUACCGCCGCUCGCUCACGCUCCUCUGCCACGGCGCGCUCGGCCUCCUGCCGGCGCCGCAUGCUCGAGGUAGCCGUGCGCUGAGAGCGACCUGCAGACAUGGCUCGCUGCAGGGGGGCUGUUGCGUGAAGAGGAGGCUGUUGUUGCCGAGCUGCUGCUCGACAGUCCAGAGGGAGGGAGGUAACCAGAGGCAGACGGAGCAGCUGCUGCUACCGACUUGGGCUGCUUAGCUCCCGGUGAGGGAGGUAAGCAGGAAAUGCUCAGGGUACAAGAUAACCAGGCUCUGAUACCACUUGUUAGACCUUUCAGCCUGAGCAUUUCAUAGUUGUGGAUGACACUAGGAGAGUUGGGACAAUUUUCGUUGGUUUAUUUCUCACACAAAUGCCAUGCCAACCUGAGGGGUUGGGGAUACAUACUUAUAGGCUGCUAGCCAGCCAAGCAUAUGCUAAGAUGCUAGUCUAAGAUGCUGCUAAGAUGCCAGUCUAAGAUGCUAGUCUAAGAUGCUAUCCUAACUGCCAGUCCUUGAUGGUCAGGGAUUCUAUCCUAACUGCCACAAGGACCAUGUGCUGCAGCCAAAGGACCAUGUGCUGCAGCCCCACAAAGACCUUAGUACAUAGACUUAUCCAUCACCUUCUUCCGCCGUUCAUCGACCGUCUGCUGCUGCUGCUCAUUCUUAGCAGAGGUCUACCAGGUCCAGAAUAUCAUCUUGGCUCGAUCCUGCCCUGUACUGUGCUUAGUGCUCCUAUCAAGGAUAAAAAAUUCUGAGGAUCCAAAUGAUAAUGGGGUGGAUGAAAUUGAAGAGUAUAGAGCGUGUUGAUACGUAUGUGCCCAUGAUUCAUUUUGGAGGUGUUAUGGGUAUGACAUACACAGUAAAGAACCUUCUGUAGAAAGACUUGCUGUUCAUUUACCAAAUAAACAUAUUGUGCGAUUUCGUGCAAGGGCCAACCUUAAGGCUAUUGUUAACAAUUCUUUGCUGCACAAGACCAUGUUAACAGAAUGGUUUGUUGCUAAUGCUAGAUACGAAAGUGCCAGGUCUUUAACAUACUGUGAUUUUCCCACAAAAUGGUCUUGGAAUGCACAGAGUAAGGUAUGGAUGAAAAGAAAACUUGGCAAAAGAAUUGGUAGGAUUUACUAUGUGCAUCCUUCUGUUGGUGAACUUUAUUAUCUUAGAAUGCUGCUAAUGAUUGUAAAAGGCGCAAAGUCUUAUGCUGAUGUUAGGAGUUACAGUGGCGUUGUCUAUGGGACAUUCAAAGAUGCAUGUGCUGCUAGGGGGUUACUUGGUGAUGAUAACGAGUGGUUCUGUGCAUUUGAUGAUGCUUUGAAAUGGGGUAUGGGAAACCAGUUGCGUCAGCUAUUUGUGACCAUAAUUCUUUUCUGUGGAGUCAUCGAUGAAAAGGGUUUUUUCGAAAAAUAUUGGAGUGAUCUAGCUGAAGACAUCCAGUAUAGGAUGCGUCGUGAUCGUCAUGAUCCUUCAUAUUGUGUUCCUGAUGAUGAGCUAAAAAACUUGCUUUUAGAUGAGUUGUCUAUUGUUUUUUCUAGGAAUGUUUGUAAUAUUUUGGAUCACAAUUUGCCUCUAAAAUCUGUGUAAGAUGGUAGCUCGCGGGACGCCAAUAUGAUUAGCGAUGAACUUUGUCAAGAUUUUGAAGCGCUCAUUGAAAGUGCUGAAGCUAUGCAGAAAAAACUUAACGUAGACCAAAAAAAGGCUUUUACAUCUAUAAUUGAUCGAGUGAGGGAGGAUAAACCUGGUUUAUUUUUUGUUUCGGGCCAUGGUGGUACUGGAAAAACUUUUCUUUGGAAUGCUCUUGUUGCUUAUCUUCGAGGAUACAAAAGGGUUGUUUUGACUGUUGCAUCUUCAGGUGUUGCAUCGCUGCUGCUCCCUGGAGGGUAGAACGGCGCACUCUAGAUUUAAAAUUCCUAUUGACCUUGAUGAGAACAGGCUAUGUGACAUUCGGAGGUCUACUAUGUUAUCGUCUUUGAUCGAGUCAGCGUCUCUUAUUAUUUGGGAUGAAGCUUUGAUGACACAUAGGAAAUGUUUUGAGGCGCUAGAUCGGAGCUUGCGUGAUGUUUUAUCUGACCGUGAUCCGUCGCUGGCCAAUGUUCCGUUUGGUGGUAAGAUAGUUGUCUUGGGUGGGUGACCUUAGGCAGAUUUUGCCUGUUAUUGAGGGUGGAACCCGAUCUCAGGUUGUCAAUGCUGCUGUUACAAAUUCUCCUCUGUGGCAUCAUGUCACGGUUCUUCACCUUACUAUUAACAUGCGGCUAGCUGUCCAGACUGAGGAUCCUGAUGUGCAGGCUGAGGCGGGAGCCUUUGGUCGGUGGGUUCUGAGCAUUGGUAAUGGCACCAUCCCUGCCAUGGCGCGGCAGGGGGAAUCUGACCCUACCUGGAUAAGCAUUCCCAGCGAACAUUUGGUGCAUACCGAUGGCCCAAAAAUUCCAGCUAUUGUUGAUGUUGUUUAUGUAGAUUUCUUGCAGCGCUACUCUGAUCCUAACUACUUGAAAGAAAGAGCUAUUUUAACACCGACAAAUGAUCUAGCUAUGGACAUCAAUGAUCAUGUUCUUUCUUUGGUGCCUGGCGAGGAGAGGGAAUAUUUAAGCUGUGACUCGACGGGAAAUUCAGCAGAUGAAGCUCGUAACAUAGAUGUUUUUUAUCCUACUGAAGUUCUAAAUACCAUCAAAGUAAAUAACUUUCCUUACCAUAAAUUGGUUCUUAAAAAAGGUGUUCCAAUCAUGCUCCUUAGGAACAUAAGCCAGGCGGCUGGUUUAUGCAAUGGUACACGACUUAUUGUUACUAGACUUGCUGAGAAACUCAUUGAGGCAGUUGUAAUGGCUGGUUCCAAUAUCGGAGAUAUAGUUUAUAUACCGAGGAUAUGCUUGACUGUUAGAGAUCCUAAAUGGCCUUUUACUUUGCACCGCCGGCAAUUUCCUAUUAGAAUUUCAUAUGCCAUGACUGUUAACAAAAGCCAGGGACAAACUCUUGCAGCUGUUGGUCUGUAUCUGAAGACUCCUGUCUUCACCCAUGGCCAGUUCUAUGUUGCGGUGUCGCGUGUGACCUCUAAAAAAGCACUCCAGAUAUUGAUUGAGAACGAAGAUGGUACCUGCGGUUCCGAGACUAGAAAUAUCGUGUUCUCUGAGAUUUUCGAAUCUCUUGCAAAUAAGUAAUAAUAGCACCUAUUGUAAUUACCUACCUAUGUUUACUACAUACUUUUCUGUGCUGCAGACUUUUGAACUAUGUCUUUUGGACAGUUUGUGUGCUCCUCUUGAAAAUAAGUAAUGUUAGCACCAGUUUACUAUAUGUUUUUUGGUUUGCUGGCUUUUGAGCUAUGUCUUUUGAACGGUUACUUUUGGGUGCAUAGUGUUGGCUCACUAUACGCUUCUGUUUCUCUUGCGCUUGUUUAUUGAGCGUAACGUUCUCAUUUCCUCCCAGGUAUAGAGCUAUGUUCUUGCGUAUAAAUUGUCUUUACCUCUAUCUACUUUUUCUUGUCUUCAGUUUGGCUGCCCGGUGCAUUAUCCUUGCCAUUUUAAUCGUCCUUGUCAUGUUUUCCGCAGAUGGCAUGUUCCAAGCUUUCUGAGAUUCACAGUGAUAGUAAUCAUGUCUCCACUU